AUGAAGUACUCUGUAUCAGCCCUCGUUGGCCUGUCUGCAGCCCUUGCCAACGCCCAUACGGCUUUCACCACUCUCCACAUCAACGAUGUUUCCCAGGGCGACGGAACUUGCGUCCGCAUGAACAUGAGGCCAGAGAGCGCUACUAGCCCUAUCCCCAGUCUAUCCAGCAAUGACAUGGCUUGCGGUUCGACCGGCGAGACAGCCGUUGCAUUUACCUGUCCUGCGCCGGCUGGCGCCAAGUUGACAUUUGAGUGGCGCGUAUGGCCCAACCGGGAGGAGCCUGGCGCGAUAGACCCUGGUCACAAAGGCCCCUGUGCUGUCUAUGCGAAGCAGGUUGACGACAUGGCUUCGACUCCAGCCGCAGGGCCGGGCUGGUUCAAGAUCUGGGAGGAGGGUUACGACGACUCGGCCGGGAAAUGGUGCACCGAGAAGCUGAUCGCUGCUGACGGCUUGAUGUCCGUCGAGAUCCCGCCUGGUUUGCCGUCUGGCAACUGGCUGUUCCGGCCAGAGCUGCUGGCGCUUCACAAUGCCGAUAAGGGAGACCCCCAAUUCUACACUGGGUGCGCCCAAGUCCAAGUGCAGGGCGGUAACUCCGGGACUCUUGACGUUCCCGCCGAGUACAGUGUUUCGAUCCCGGGCUAUGUCAAGUACGGCGAUGCCAGUGUUAGCUUCAACAUCUAUCCUCCCGUCUUUCCCUACCCGAUGCCAGGUCCCGACGUCUACACCGUUCCGUCCUCGGGAGCAUCGGCGUCUUCCCUUUCAGACACCUCGUCGAUGAAGGCAUUGGGAGGCGCGACCCUCGUCCCUUCAGACUGUCUCAUCAAAGAAGGCAACUGGUGUGGUGUCGAAAUCGCCGACUACAGCAAUGAAGAUGGCUGCUGGAAUGCCAGUGAAGAGUGCUACAACCAGGCUGAGACGUGUUACGCAUCGGUCGGGCCAACAGGGAACCGGAACUGCAAGGUCUGGGAGGCCAAGUGCAAGGGCAUCCAGGAUGCUUGCAAUGCCAAGAACUUCCAAGGCCCACCGAACAAAGGCCAGAAACUGCAGGAUGCCGAGGCGAUGAACCUCACCUUGCCAGCGGUGAACAAUCUCGGCGUUGGUCUGGGUUCUGCCAACACCAACUCCGGCUCGCAGGCAAGCACCGAGACCAGCGGUGCAUCCAUGGCCACUUCAACAUCGGCUGCCACUUCCAGUCAGGCUACCUCUUCUGGCAGCCAGACUGGGGAGACCACUGCGCAGAAGGCAACAGUAAGCGCAGGAAAGUCCACGUCCUCUUGCAACAAGAAGAUGCGAAGACGCAGACGCGGCGGUGUUAGGAAGUGA